GAAACGCUAUGACGGUCAGUACACAACUCAUUCAUCAAAGCUAUUGACUACCGCUCGUGUUCUCAUUUGCCGAAGCACGACAUACGACAUGCAGACCGGGUACAUCUCGGGUCCUGCGAUGGCGAGCUCUCGCGCCAUGCAGCAUAAAUUCAUCUGACCCAAUAUCGACGAACCACGGCAGGCGAGAUAAUCAAACUUUACACCUGAAUCGAUGGCGAGCUUUCGCAUCAUGAUCUUCCUAGCAACUCAGCUUAACAGAAAUCUUGGCCCUAUAGUCAACCAGCGAAGACAACUACUAUAUGAUGAAUGAAGAGGUCGCCUGUUCUGCAGACCUAGUCAUCUCAUCAACAUUAGGACAGAAGAAUGGCCAACGAUAAAUCCUCUGGCAUCUUGUCAACCCAACCUUUGGAAAGUCCAAGCGACGAUGGCUCUCUGAAAGCAAUUCGCAAGCCCAAAUGGUACCGUUCUACCUUUUGGAAUGCUUUCAUUCUGGGAAUUUGCAAUUUUCUGGCUCCUGGUAUCUGGGGUGCCAUGAACUCUCUCGGUGGUGGUGGUCAGCAAUCUCCAUCGUUGGUCAACUCUGCCAACGCUUUGACCUUCUGUCUCAUGGUCUUGACCUGUUUCUUCUCAUCUGUUGUUGUCAGAUGGGUGGGUGUCAAGUGGGCACUGAUCAUCGGUACUCUCGGAUACUGUCCAUACGCUGCAGGACUAUACGUCAACAAUCGUUAUGGUGAUGGCUGGUUUGUUCUUCUCGGCGCAGCACUUUGCGGUCUCUCUGCUGGUAUCUUCUGGUCUGUCGAGGCAGCUAUCGCCCUUGCCUAUCCUGAACCUCACAAUCAAGGUCGCUUUCUCGGUUUCUGGCUCAGCUUUCGUCUGGGCGGCCAAAUUGUUGGAGGUGCCAUCAACCUUGGUGUCAACGUCAACAACAACAAAGCUGGCUCCGUCUCAUACCAUGUCUUCGAAGCCUUCAUCGCACUUCAAGCUCUUGCACCUUUCGCAGGUCUUCUGUUGAGUCCACCUGAAAAGGUCCAGAGAACUGAUGGAUUACCUGUCCGCUUGAGCAUUGGGAACAGCAUCACUUAUGAGCUCAAAGCAAUGUCCAAGCUCUUCUUCAGCAAGCACUUCCUCCUCAUUGUGCCUCUCAUUGCACAGGCCGUCUAUGCUGAGUCAGUCUUCUUCACCUUCCAAGCACUCUGGUUCAGUGUUCGCGCUCGUGCUUUGGGAUCUUUCCUUUCCGGCGUGGUUGCCGUCACGCUAGGUAAUAUACUCGGCAAGUACCUCGAUCACACAAAGUUCAGCCUCAAGUCACGAUCUCGUGGAGCCUUCUUCACAAUUCUAGGUCUUCAAGGCGCAUGGUGGGUUUGGGCGACAGUGCUGGUUACAGAGUUCAACAAGACCAAUCCGACUUAUGACUGGGUGGAUCAGGGCUUCGGAAAAGGAUUUGCUCUAUUUCUUUUCUGGGUCGCUGGAUUCCAAUUGAACUACAUGUUCCUCUACUUUGUCGUAGGCAAUCUCGCCGAGACACAAGAAGAGGUCAUCCGCAUUUGCAGUCUGCUUCGUGGUACCGAGUCAGCUGUGCAGGCCGUCAGUUACGGUCUCGGAAGUGUGUCUGUCAUGGCAAGGACUGGAAGCAUCUACCUCAACUUUGGUCUUUGGGCCAUAUCGCUCUACCCAGCAUGGCUAGUCAUCUCUAAGAUUGGCGUCACACUGGGUGAUAAGAAGUUGGCUCGUGAAGAAGCCGUGCAAGAAAGUGUGCUUGACAAUCACAGUUCAGAUCAGCAGGCGGAGAAGUAGUUGGUGGUU